AGGGGUCGGCAACCGGCGGCCCGCGGGCCGCAUGCGGCCCGUGGACUAACUCAGUGCGGCCCGCAAGCCUGAGGUCCGUAAGAAAAAAUUCCAAAGCAAAAGGCCAUAUUAUACUAAGCCAUAUAGUUAAGAUUCUUGAAAGCUCGCUCCCACCUGGGGGUAAUAAAAAUAUAAAAAUGUACCUAACUACUUAUUUCAUAUAUUUGCUGUACUUAUUCAAUUCUUGGAAAAUUAUUUUGCGUUUAUCCGCCGCACGUGGCCGUCGGUGGCAGGCAGGCGGCUUCUUUGAGACAAUAGGCGGCGGCAGUCUUUGAUUAGACGCAGGUGUGCGGCGGCGAAAAAUUCAAAGCGACCGGCUUUAGUUGAAAUAAUAGCCGCGCGUGCAGCUCUCGCCUCAUUCGGUUGUGGAAAUUCUCCGGAAACUCACGUCUCAUCUGGUUGCUAGCUUCUCGUUUCACCAUUCUUCAGCAUCUCACGCACGACGUAUGAGGUAAGUACUUUAUAAUAUGCACUCGCGAAUUUGUUUUAUUUUAUUUACUGCUUCUGUAAUCUGUAAUUGUUCGGUUAACAUGACAUGAGGUUAGUUACGAGUAUGUCAUGUUUUAUUAGUUAUGAAUAUGGAGUUGAAUUUGCAGGUGCUAACUAAGUAUAACAUAUAAUUUUACAACGAAUUUUAUUUUGUUCAUUAUUGUUACAGGAUAAUUAUAUAAACAUGGCUUCAAGGAAAAGGAAGAUAGAAGAAGAAAAAAGAGUUUUUAACGAAUUAUGGACAGAAUUAUACUUUUUUAUCGAGUUUAAAGGAAAACCGUUAUGCCUGAUUUGUCAAAAGAGUAUUUCUGCAGUAAAGGAAUAUAACCUGAAACGACAUUACGACACUGAGCACAAAGCUAAAUUUGACUGUCUUGAAGGAGAAAUACGAAAAAGAAAAAUUUCCACUUUGAAAUCGUCAUUACAAAGUCAACAAAACAUAUUUAAAGUUGUGGCAGACAACAGCGAAUCGAAUGUUCGUGCCAGUUACAGGGUAGCAGAGAUUCUAGCAAAAAGUGGACGUCCGUUUACCGAUAGUGAAUUAGUAAAAGAGUGUGCCUUAGCUAUCGCAGAAGAAAUAUGCCCAGAGCAAAAAAAAUAUUUGAAAAUCUUUGUUUCUCUGCGAGAACUUGCACCCGACGUACUGAAGACUUGGGUGCUAAUUUGUGUGAACAACUCAGGGACAAGGCGCAGUCUUUUGACUGCUUCUCUUUAGCGAUGGAUGAAAGUACGGACGUGUCGGAUACAGCACAGCUACUCAUAUUUGUACGCGGCAUUGACGAAAACUUUACUGUUUACGAAGAGCUUGUGAAAAUGUGCAGUUUAAAAGGUACGACUACACGAGAAGAUUUAUUUCACCAUGUGGAAAAAGCUCUGAACUCAUUGCAAUUAAGCUGGGAAAAGUUAACAAGUGUCACUACCGAUGGAGGCAAGAACAUGAGCGGUCAAAACAAAGGUGUUGUUGGGAGAAUCAUCAGCAAAGUGAAAGAUUCUGGAUCUACUGUGCCAUUGAUUUUCCACUGUAUUGUCCAUCAAGAGGCAUUGUGCUCCAAAGUUAUAUCCUGGAAGGAAAAAAUGGAUACUGUAACAUCCACUGUUAAUUAUAUAAGAAGAAAUGGACUCACUCACCGUCAGUUCCAAAAGUUUUUGGAAGAUCUGGAGGCUGAUUAUGGUGACGUGGUUUACUACUGUGAAGUGAGGUGGCUGAGUCGGGGUGCCGUUUUAGAACGGUUUUUUGAUUUGAGAAAAGAAAUUGGAAACUUCAUGGAGAUGAAAGGAAAGCCAGUGGAAGAGCUUACUAACAAACAGUGGAUUAUCGAUCUUGGUUUUUUAACUGAUUUGACUAAGGAACUGAACCAGCUCAACAAACGUUUGCAGGGAAAAAAUAAAUUGAUUUGCGACAUGUAUUCAGAUGUCAAGUCAUUUGAGAUGAAACUGAAACUGUUUAUCAAGCAUAUUGAUGAAUAAAGCUUGACCAUUUUCCCAAUUGCAAGAAAGCCGUGGAAGAAGCUGGAAAUAACUUUGUGUGGGAAAAUAUCACAAUGAGAAACGUGUUAGCACAACUACAAACUGAGUUUGUAAAUCGAUUCACCGACUUUAAAAAGAGCUCCCUUAACAUGGAAAUAUUCCAAAACCCUUUUGGAAUUGAUGUUAGUGAGGUACCAAGCUACUUGCAAAUGAAUAUUGUAGAUUUGCAAAGUAAUAGCCAACUUAAAACUGCAUUUAAAGAAAGCACAGACUUGAUACAAUUCUAUGGAGGUUUGAGCUCUGAAAACUUCAAAGAAAUGAAAAAGUUUGCUCAGCAGAUAAUAACUAUGUUUGGUAGUACAUAUUUGUGUGAGCAGACUUUUUCAGUACUCAACUACCGCAAAAAUAAGAAUUGUUCGCGGUUAACGGAUGAACAUUUAGAAGCGAUACUGCGCGUUUCUACUACUAAAAUGAAAGCAGAUGUUAAAAAACUUGCAAGUCAAAUGCAGCAGCAAAAAUCGCACUAGUUGUUAUUUUUAUGUUUAAUUUAUGAUUAUUUGUUAGUUUUAGUUAUUAUCUGUAUAGUAAUUUAAUAUAGACAUGACUGUAUGAAGA